AGGGAGAGACGGCGUGCAGGGGAGAGGGCACGUGCUUUUCCCCCUCUGGAUCUCUCUCGAUCUUUCCUUCCUUUCUCUUUCUCUUUCUCGAUCCUUCCGUGCUUUCUCUAUCUCUUUCUCUUUCUCGAUCCUUCCAUGCUUUCUCUCUCUCUUUCUCUUCUCCUUCUCCAUGUCUCCCGAUCUCUCCCCUUCCUCUCGAUUCUACCCAAGUACGGCACUCCCUCUCUACUCUCGCCUCUUUAACCCCCGCCCCUCUGUCCUUUUUCUCUACCAAGGCGGCACCGGAAUCCUUCCUCUCUCUCCCUUUCGACGUCCCUUUCGGUCGAUCUCUCAGUGGUCCAAUCGGAGGCCUCUGUGGUCCUCCUCCGUCGCUGCGAUAUGUGUCUUUCCAUGGUUGUCAACCACCGGAGGCCAUGGAGUUGACCUGUGGAGCGAAGCAAACUCUUGGGAGCGUCCCCCACCCAUUUCUUCGAGCUCCGGCGACGUCCGUUGACUCUUAAGUCGUGAGCUUUUGACGUUGGUUUGUGUUCUAGGAGGUUAUAGUAGGUAUAGCCGAUAUUGUUUAUUCCACCAGGAGGAGGAGGAGGAGAUUUUGUGGGUUAAGUGUUGGUGGUGGGAGGGUCCUUGUUUCGGGGAACCGAGCGUUCUGUGAUUGGGGACGGCAGAGAGUCCGGGAAGUUUAUGCUUUGUCCCUUUAUUGAACUCGGGCGAAUCCGAGUAGAUAUUUGCAGGAGCCUCUGGUGUUGGAGAAGGAUCCAAAAGGGGGUUUGAGAUAUAUUAUGUGGGAUUUGUGUGUCCCUUUGUGUUUAUGGUCUGACUCUGCCUUAGGAUUCAUUCUGGGUCAUGCAAAGGAUGCCCUGGUGAUUUCUGGAGCUCCCAGUUUCAAAGCCGAGAGGUAUCGUGUAGAGGCCCAUAGCGUGAAUUUUCUCUGUUGCGGGCCCUUGGUGUGAUUGGUGAAUCUCGGAAACUUAUCCUCCUUAUUUUCCUGUUAUCCUCUGCUUUUAGUUGUUUUGAGCUUUGGUUGGUUCUGUUUCUUCCGGUCUGCAUAAAUGGGGGAAUGCUUGACGAGAUUGUUGGUGCUUCUUAUCGCUUUGAUUUGUAAUGUUCACGUAAGAGGCGGUUUCCUCCUUUCUGAGGAAACAUGCCCUGUUGAGCCCUUGGAAUUGAAAUGCCUCCAGUGUUACCAAAACCUCUUGAUUAGACAAGAAGCCCAAUUAAAGAAACUGGAAUCGCUGGUUGAAAACCUGAGAGAAUCCAUAAGUAGGAUGGAAUUACAGCGUUCAGAUUCCAAUAGUAAGGCGAGUUCUCCUCCCAAAAUUCAGGAGGAGAGCGUGGAAGAUCAGAGGAUUAGCAAAGAGCGGGAGGUGGUGGCCAGUGUUGAAGUACAAGAAAAAGCAACGGCACCAUCGGAGAAUCGGGUGUCACGCAAAAAAGAUGGUGACAGGUUGAAGGGUGGAAUUUCAGUGACCAAGUAUAGACCAACUUGGCAAGAGCGAUUUCAAUUUCUUUCGGCUGUUAAGCUCGAUUUCGAGGUGACUUGCAUAAAUGUCUUGCCCUUUGAAGAUGUCGAGGGGACUAGCAAGUACAUCGCAGUAGGGGAUCGGAGGGGAAGAGUGUAUCUUUUACUGUCUAAUGGCGACGUCAUAGCGGAGUUCCCUACAUUGUCGAGUGCGGGGGUGACUUCAAUGCUCUCGUACAUGUACUUCGAAAGGAAUGAGGGUGUCCUGGUGACAGGACACAGCGAUGGAUCCAUCCUGGUGCACAGGAUAUGGGAAGGAAGUAACGGAGGAGGAAGCAAUGGAGAGGACGGGUCAUAUUUGUCGAUCGAACAUUUGCGGACUCUUGUUCUGCCGCCUAAAGGCGAAAGGGUGGCAGAUGGCCCUGUCUCAGAUGAGGAUUCUGCUGUGGUUCUUUUGGAAGUUCAUCAGAUUGGUAGGAUGAGAUACGUAUUAGGAUGCAAUGCAAGGGGCAGAAUUCAGGUUUUUAAGGAGAAUGGUACUCUGUAUGGAACUGCGGUUUCGUCCAGUCGGCCUCUUGCCUUUUUCAGGCAGCGGUUACUGUUUCUUACUGAGAGUGGAGCAGGAUCUUUGGACUUGAGAAACAUGGUCAUCAGGGAGGGUGAGUGUGAUGGGCUUAAUGGGUCGCUGGUAAAGAAUUACGCAUUUGAUGUAUCUGAGCGCUCAAAAGCAUAUGGAUUUACUUCGGAUGGUGAUAUUGUGCACGUAGUUCUUCUGGGUGACGUUAUCAAUUUCAAGUGCAGAGUGAGGGCCAAGAAGAAAUCUGAAUUGGACGGGCCUUUGGGAGCUCACUCCAUCAAAGGAUACCUUCUGGCUGUGAAUUCUGAUAAGGUCUUCGUGUAUAAUAUUUCUUCUCAGAUUUACGUUAGGGGUGGAAGUCUGAGGCCACUUUUCUCAGCAACCGUCGAUGAGAUUGUGUCUUCAUUUUCAGAUUCGCCAGCUCGUCUUGAAGAUAUUAGAAAGCCGUCCAUCACAGGCAACCGCGAAAGGCUUGUGGUUCUUGGCCUAGGAAAUGGGUAUGUCGGGAUCUACCGUUCUAAUCUUCCUGUUCUUAAGGCAGAGUUCAAUAGUAUACUGUGGAGUGGACCGGUUCUUCUAUUUAUUCUGUUCCUAGUUGUGGUUUGGCAAUUCUUGGGGAAGAGAAGAGAUGCUCUUGCACUUUGGGGCCCUGAUGAUACAUUUAACAUGGGAGUUGCAGGUUCUUCUAGCACUUUAUUAGGUCCUGGCCAUGCAGACAGAACUUUCGAGGAUGCCUCCAGAACUGAUGGUAGAGAUCUGCGAGAUCCCUUUAGGGGCAGAGCAAGAAGAUAUGGUUCUCCGUCCCGAUACCCUCCGGAAAACACGAGCUUCACUAGUGGCAGUGCCAUGGCAUUCAGGUCAAGUUCUACAGUUUCUGCAUUCAGAGCAACUGCAGACUUGAAUUACAGAGCUCCGAAAGUCGAAGCAGCAGGUUUCCACCAAAGAAGGGAGCCUUUAUUUGCUCACACUCAAGUUGUGGAGGAUACCAUUCGCUGAUCCGCGGUUUUGGCCCCUGGCCUUUGGGGUUUUGCUUGAAGCAGAUCGCGCUUACAGCAGCAGGAUCUGACAGAGUGUUUCUUUUCCUUGUUUGUGUAAAAACUAAUUUGGUCUAUGUGCUUUAAGGUUUGCGGUA